AUGGUUUCGAGUUAUUGUUUAGACCAAUUAAACUUGUUGUCUACCGAUGAUUUCGGAAUAAUGAAACGGAUCCCUCGAGUCAUGAAGGUUCCAGGAGUCAUCUCUGAAUUCGAAGAAGAUCAACAAACCAAGUCUCUGAAAAGGGUUAUCAUCGUUUCCAACCAGUUGCCUUUACGAGCGUCCAGGGACUUGUUCUCCAAUGAAUGGCGCUUCGAAUUUGACGAGAACGAUCUCCUUGCUCUGCUGAAAGACGCUGUCCCUCCUGACACAGAGGUGAGAUACGUUGGAACUUUAAAAGCAGAUAUAGAUGUGGCUGAUCAGGACGAGGUGGCUCACGUUUUGCGCGAAAAGUUUAGUUGUGAAACGAUAUUUUUGCCUGUGGAUAUGCAGAACAAGUUUUAUCAUGGUUUUUGUAAACACUAUCUCUGGCCUUUGUUUCAUUACAUGAUGCCCAGGACUGGGAGCGAUGGGGUGCGUUUCGAUCGUUCACAGUGGCAGGCUUACGUGUCUGCUAAUAAAAUAUUUGCGGAUAAAGUUUUGGAAGUGACUGAUAGAGAUGAUGAAGAUGAAGAUCAUGUUUGGGUGCAUGAUUAUCAUCUUAUGGCUUUACCUACUUUUUUAAGGAGAAGGUCUCAUAGGGUGAAACUUGGUUUUUUUUUACAUAGUCCUUUUCCUUCAUCUGAUAUCUAUAAAGCUUUACCUGUUAGAGAUGACAUUCUUAGAGCUUUGUUGAAUUGUGAUUUGAUUGGAUUCCAUACUUUUGAUUAUGCAAGGCAUUUCUUGUCUUCUUGUAGAAGGAUUUUGGGUUUACAUUCCGAGUCUAACAGGGGUUACAUUGCACUAGAAUAUUAUGGUAGGACUGUGACUAUUAAGAUUUUGCCUGCUGGGAUUCAUAUGGGGCAGCUUGAAUCUGUUAUGUCUGAGGACAGCACGGUUAAGAAGGCAAAGGAAUUGAAGGAGAAAUAUGAGGGUAAAAUCAUGAUGGUGGGUGUGGAUGAUUUGGAUUUGUUUAAGGGUAUUACUCAGAAAUUUUCAGCCAUGGGGGAGCUUUUGGAAACCAAUCAGGAAUUGAGGGGGAAAGUGGUUUUAGUUCAGAUUACAAACCCAGCAAGGAGUUCAGGCCAGGAUGUGCAAGAAGUUCUGGAUGAGGCCAAUCGUAUAGCAAAGGAGGUUAAUAAUAAAUACGGCCAACCGGGGUAUGAGCCAAUUGUUUUCAUCAAGGGACCAGUCACUACCCAAGAGAAGUUUGCAUAUUAUGCAAUUGCUGAAUGUUGUGUGGUGACUCCUGUGAGAGAUGGGAUGAAUUUGGUGCCUUACAAGUAUACAGCUUGUAAACAGGGCUGCCCUGUUUUAGAUAAGGCAUUGGGAGUUGAUGAAAAUUCACCUCCCAAGAACAGUGUUAUCCUUGUCUCUGAAUUCAUUGGCUGCUCACCGUCUCUUAGUGGGGCAAUUCGUGUUAAUCCAUGGAACACUAGUGAAAUGGCUAGUGCCAUGUACUCAGCCAUUGAUUUGCCAGAGACAGAGAAACAAAUGCGCCAUGAGAAACAUUACAAGUAUAUUAGCUCUCACGAUGUCGCUUAUUGGGCUCGGAGUUUCAUUCAGGACCUUGAAAGAGCUUGUAAAGAUCAUUAUUACAAGAGGUAUUGGAGAAUUGGACUUGGUUUAGCAUUCAGGCUUGUUGCGUUGGAGCCUAACUUCAGGAAGCUGUUAGGGGAUACCCUCAACUCUGCCUACAAGAGAACAAAUAGCCGGUUGAUCCUUUUGGACUACGAUGGCACUAUGAUGCCCCCGACUUCUGUGAACAAGGGGCCUAGUCAUGAAGUUAUUUCAGUCUUGAAUCGCUUAUGCGACGACCCCAAAAACAUUGUUUUCAUUGUGAGUGGCAGAGAUCGGGAUACCCUGAGCAAGUGGUUUUCUUCAUGUGAGAAAUUGGGUAUUGCAGCUGAGCAUGGAUACUUUACAAGAUGGACUAGGGAUUCUCCAUGGGAAACCAACCGCUCAAUGGAUUUGAGUUGGAAAGAGGUUGUUGAACCUAUAAUGCAACUUUACAUGGAGGCAACUGAUGGCUCGUCCAUAGAGAAUAAAGAAACUGCACUCGUCUGGCACCAUCAAGAUGCUGACCCUGAUUUUGGUUUAUUCCAAGCUAAAGAGCUCCAUGAUCACUUGGAGAAUGUCCUAGCCAAUGAGCCUGUUGUUGUUAAAAGGGGGCAACAAAUAGUCGAGGUGAAGCCUCAGGGACUGAGCAAAGGCAUUGUUGUGGAAAAUCUUAUCUCAACCAUGAGAGGUAGGGGCAAAUCACCAGAUUUUCUGCUGUGCAUAGGAGAUGAUCGUUCAGAUGAAGAUAUGUUUGAGAGCAUUGCGAGGUCAUCCGCCAACCCAACCUUGCCGACCAUAGCAGAGAUAUUUGCUUGCACUGUUGGUCAAAAACCAAGUAUGGCAAAAUACUAUGUUGAUGAUAUUGUUGAAGUCAUUGGAUUGCUUCGAGGGAUUGCAGAAGCAUCGGUACAGCCAAAUUGACUGUAGAAAAAACCUACAAAAAAAGAAAGAAAAGGAACAAUGUUUACAUCAGGAUUUAUUUUCAGUGGGUAGAAUUUUCAUUAGGCCUAAUGAUAUAGGAAGCCUUGUACAGGGGAUACUUUUAACAGAUUCCAUUACUUGGACCUGCUACACCGCUGGUUCAUGUUCUUUUAUAAUACUAUCAAGCAAACUUCUUAACCUGUCUAAGAAUUUGCAUUCUUUGUACAUUUCCCAUUAUCCCCUUUUUUAUCACCGUCAAUUGUAUCAGAAUGAAGAGCAUUCCAUCUCUCUUUCCAUUGUACA